AUGAAUUUAGAAUUAAUAAAAUCAUACUUUCUUUACCUCGACAAGUUUGCCUGUCCAGUCUAAUUGUUUAUUUAAAAAAAGAGAGGAUAUUAAACAUAUUUAGGUGCUUUCACAACUCUAGGAUGCGUUCUAUCAAUUCUAUUCUACCUGACGAAUAAACUCAGUCAAAUUGAUGAUAGAACUGAAUUUUAAACUCUAUAUUCUGACAUCUUUCAUUUAGAGCCUCCAUAUUAUAAGUUAACAGAAGAUAACUUCACAUUGUAGUUUGCUUUUCAAUAUUAGAACAAAACAAAUUAUAUUAACGAAAGCAUAUACAUACCUGAGGCUUAUCUUGUAUAUAAAUAAAUAACAGAGGUUAAUGGCAAGAAGAAAGAACAAAGCAAUAAAACACUGAUUCCAAUCUCAAAAUGUUCAAAGAAUGGAAUAAUCCAAGAUGAGUUGGCAGAAUAAUUUGAUGAUCAAGACCUCUCUAACACUUAUUGUCUAGAUUGGAGUAAGGUUGACAGUUUGGCAUUAUUUGGGACUGACGAUUCUCCAGAAUAUUAAUAUAUCAAUGUUAGUUUUACUGUUUGCUAGAAUGGCUCAAAGCCUGGUAUUGUUUGUGCAGAUAGCGAGACAAUUCAAAAGGUAUUGAAUAGAAAUUAUAUUCACUUUUAAUUGACAUCAUACAUAAUUAAUUUGAGGGAUUUCACCCAACCAUAAAUUCCAAAAGUAGAAGAUAUUUACACAACCAUCUCAGCCAAAGUCACAAAAGAUGUUGAAAUAUUCAUGUAACCUAUCACUACAUUAACAGAUUUUGGUUAUUUCUAAAAGGAACUUCGUAAGGAUACUACACUCAGGUAUUUUUCUGAUAAAGAAAUUAUUGAUUUUAAUACUGAUACAUCCUUGGCAAAUGUUGUUAUCCGUCUCUCUGACACUGAAUAAGUAAGCUAUAGAAUCUAUCCGAAAGUGUAAGAUGUCUUAGCAGCAGCAGGAGGAUUAUGGCAAAUCAUUAUUGCAGUAGCAUUGUUUCUCUAAAAACCUUUUAGUGAAUUAGCUUAUAGCAUUGAGAUCAUCAACAAACUUUUUAAUUUUGAAUAAGAUGAAUCUGAAAAGCAAAAAAAGAAUCCUACAACUAGUGAUGAAAUCAAUGAUCAGAAACCUUCUAGAACACUCUUACCAACCUAAACAGAAAUAAAAACUACUUAACCAACAGGACCUGAUUAAAAACCAUAAUCUAAAAUCAAACAAGUUGUUUCUAAACGAUUCCCCUAGGGUCGAUAAUAAACCAUUAUCGGUAACAAAUCUGGUGGUUUCAUAGAACGAUUAACUUAAAAUGAAAAAAUUAAUGAAGCACGGUCUCUGUUCACUCUUGUAUCAUCUAACAUAAAAAUGAAAUUAAAAGAAUAUGCUCAGUAUCUUACUUAUAGACCAAAAAAGAAGAAGAUGGAUUAGUUGGAUUAUUCUAUUAAGAAAUACGAAUCGUUUCUGGAUAUACUCUUCAUAAUAGACAAAUUGCAAGAGAUUGAUAAACUCAAAUUAAUUUUGUUCAACAAAGCCUAAAUGAAUCUGUUUGAAUAUCUACCAAAACCAACAAUUUAUUUAGAUCCCUAUAGUCCAGAAUAAGAAGAAUUAUAAUUUCAUUCCUCAAUUCUUUCUCCACAAAAAUCAUUUGAGGAGAAAGCAAAGCAAGCAUCAGUUGCCUUUGAAGAACUUCUGGUAGAUUUUGAAAAUAAUCCUCUCACACAAAAAUUAAUAGCUUGUCUGGACAAAGAAGUUGUGAAUGUCCUUAUAUCUGAAUAUGAGGAAAGAAAUAGACCUAGCAGAGCUAGAUAACAAUUUCUCUCAAUUAGCAAUGCAGUUGUAGCCAAAAUUAAAUAGGAUUAAUAGUAAAGACAGUUUUAAUAUGAACAAUUGACGAAGUAGACUGAAUAAAAGAAGUUUCUUGAUGGGACUGUUUAGAAUAGUGCAAUAAAAGAUAAAUCAGAUAAUCGGGAAGGAUCUUAAGAUUCGAUUCACUUUAAAUCUCAGAAGGAAUAAUGA